AUGUCGGCAGCCGUGGCGUGUCUGGAUUACUUCGCCGCUGAGUGCUUGGUGUCCAUCUCCGCGGGCGCCGUGGUUCACCGCCGCCGGUCGGACCCCGAGGGCGCGGGCGGAGCCGCCGGCUUGGAGGUGGGUGCGGCACGGCUGGAGUCCGCUCUGCCGGGUCCGGGGCCACCGGGACCUGCUUCGGUCCCCGCGCUCCCCCAGGUCCCCGCCCUCAGCCCCGGCGCGGGCGGCGCCGCGCCCCACCUGCUGGCUGCAAGCGUCUUGGCUGACUUGAGCGGCGGCUCUGGGGAGGGCUCCGGGGAAAACUCCGGGGAAGCUGCGCUCUUUUCCUGUUGCUCCUCCGACGCGGCCCCGUCCUGCCGCGGGACCCCAUCCUCCGACCCCGCCCCGUCCUCCGGCGCGGCCGCGGUCUCCGGCCCGGCACAGUCCUCCAGUGCGGCUGCAGCCUUCGGCGCGGCUGCGGAUUCCGGCGCAGCUGCCGUCUCCAGUGCAGUCUCCGACGCGGCGGGGACCCCUGGCGCAGGCCCCGCCCCCGCUGCGGGUCCAGUCCCACGACGGCGACCCGUCACACCUGCUGCUAAGCGCCACCGCUGCCCCUUCCCGGGCUGCACCAAAGCCUAUUACAAGUCGUCGCAUCUCAAGUCCCACCAGCGGACCCACACCGGGGAGCGCCCUUUCUCCUGCGACUGGCUCGACUGCGACAAGAAGUUCACGCGCUCCGACGAGCUGGCCCGCCACUACAGGACGCACACGGGCGAGAAGCGCUUCUCCUGCCCUCUCUGCCCCAAACAGUUCUCCCGGAGCGACCACCUGACCAAGCACGCCCGUCGCCACCCAGCCUAUCAUCCCGACAUGAUCGAGUACCGGGGGCGCCGUCGCACUCCCCGCGUUGAUUCGCAACCCGCGAACCUGGUGGACAGCCCCAACACCGGCACCGAUGAGGUGCCCAGCGUCACCACCUGCCUGUAG